UAUAAUAAUUUCUCCGAGCAACACACAACUCCCUCCUAUCCUUUCCCUUCUUAAUUCCCUCCUUCCAAUGUUCUUUCGCUUCAACGCUUCCCCAUAAAACUUUCUUUUAGAGUGCUGGUCACCUCCGCCGGAAGCCACUCAAUCCGUUUGUCGAAGAAUAGCAUUUCCGGCAUCCAGACCCCCACUAAACUCAUUUUAACGGCUCGUUUUGUGAUGUAUCAGUUUCUUUAGUAGACUCUUAUCACCAUUUCUCCGCUAACGUUGCAAGCACCUGAAAACUAUCGCAGGUAGUUCCUUGUUUGGCAUUGAAAGUGCUGAGAACAUCCCACUACUUGAUGAUUGGCCCAUCCGUUUCCAACGAUGGAAGUUUUCCGACGGGAGCUCGCCUCAAACACCACCUGCUGAAGAGCAGAAGCUUGUUGCCGUCGGGAUUGAUUCUCGUAUGCGUCUUAUCUUUCCGUACAAAGCGCACCAACAAUCUUCUUCUUCAAGUUUUUCUGCAUAUCCUCUUCUCCACUUGAAUGGUUUUUCCAACAAAGCAUCGCCGAAUAGGAAAGCUCAUUUCCAUUCUAAACUUUUCCAAAGACAAUUCUGAAACUCUUCCUCCCUCCCUCCCUCUCUCUCUCUCUGCAUAUGGGCUGAAUCCAUAAUGCUAGUUCUCCAUCUCUCUCACAUAUUUCAUACUGGCCGUUCUCCUCCUUAAUGCCUUAAUUUGCCUAGAGGAACCCGAAAGUUUUCCUGCUGGCCACCCUCCUCCAUACCACGGGUUGAACUGGGCCACCUUACCGAUGGUAAAUACAUUGCCGGAAAACUGCCUAUGUUGCCUGUAAAAACAAUCUGGAUUUCCGUGCUUGCACUUUUCUUCAUUCUCUGUGAAAGCCUGCCUAUCCUGUCCAAAACUCCUGGUUUUCCAACAAUCUCUCGCCCGAAAAAUCUCCUCUCUUUCACCUGAAAAAGACUCGACCAAAAUGAUCACGGCGGCAGACUUCUACCACGUAAUGGCGGCCGUGGUUCCACUGUACGUGGCGAUGAUCCUGGCCUACGGAUCAGUGAAAUGGUGGAAAAUCUUCUCGCCCGACCAGUGCUCCGGCAUCAAUCGGUUCGUUGCUCUCUUCGCCGUCCCCCUCCUCUCCUUCCACUUCAUCGCCACCAACGACCCGUACGCCAUGAAUCUCCGCUUCCUGCUCGCGGAUACGUUUCAGAAACUCAUGGUGCUCGGAAUCGUCUUCCUCUGGUGCUGGGUGAGCAAGCGGGGCUCCCUCGAUUGGGCUAUCACCCUCUUCUCUCUCUCCACCCUCCCCAACACCCUUGUCAUGGGUAUCCCCCUACUGAAGGGCAUGUACGGCACCUCCACCGGUGCCCUCAUGGUGCAGAUUGUCGUCCUCCAAUGCAUCAUCUGGUACACCCUCUUGCUGUUCCUCUUCGAGUACAGAUCCGCGAGGCUCCUCAUCGGCGAACAGUUCCCCGACAACGCUGGCAGCAUCGUCUCCUUUAAGGUAGAUUCCGACAUCGCCUCCCUGAGCGGCCGCGACCAGCUGAUGGCCGACGCUGAGAUCGGCGACGACGGUCGGCUCCACGUCACGGUUCGGAAGUCCACGUCCUCCCGCUCCGACAUUUUCUCCCGGCGCUCUGGUAUGGUGAAUCUCACGCCCAGGCCGUCGAAUUUGACGAAUGUGGAGAUAUACUCGCUGCAGUCCAGCAGGAACCCCACGCCAAGGGGAUCUAGCUUCAACUACGGAGAAUUCUAUCCCAAUUCCGGCGGGCUGGCGGGAGUGGAAGAUGGGGGAUUUGGCGGAAGGAUGAACGGGAACAGUGUGUUUCCGGCAAUGGUGUCGCCAGCUGGAAGAAAGGAUCCACAGAUGUUUGUUUGGAGCUCCAGCGCUUCGCCGGUUUCGGAGGCAGCUAUCAAUGGGUUCAGAACAGAGCUUGCAGCUAAUGAGGAGGAAAGGAUGGGGAUUGAUCACCACCUCCUCCAGCAUCAGAAUAAUCUCCCUCAGCAGCAGCAUCUGCAGCAGCAACUACAAAAUUUUCAUCUUAAUCAGAACACUAACUUCCAUCUCAAAGAGCUUAGCGGUGCAAAUUAUGAAGAUUAUGGUCAUGCGGAGCUCAAUUUGGGGAAUAGGACAGUCCUGCACAAAGGUGAAUUGAAUGUGAAGGAACAUGAGAACAAUAAUCUUGCCAAGUUUGGUACAAGCUCCACAAUCGAUCUGCACGCCAAAGCAGGAAAUCAUGAAGGUGCUAAACCUUCAUCAAUGCCACCUGCCAGUGUAAUGACAAGGCUCAUUCUCAUCAUGGUAUGGAGGAGACUGAUUCGGAACCCUAACACUUACUCUAGCCUGCUUGGCGUGACAUGGUCCUUGAUUUCAUUUAAGUGGGGGAUCCAAAUGCCAGCUAUAAUUGCCCGCUCAAUCUCCAUACUUUCUGAUGCUGGACUCGGAAUGGCCAUGUUUAGUCUUGGUCUGUUUAUGGCCCUACAACCCCAUUUAAUUGCAUGUGGAAAGACAGUUGCGACAUUUGCCAUGGGAGUGCGGUUUUUUUUUGGUCCUGCUGUAAUGGCUGCUGCUUCUCUAGCUGUGGGCCUGCGAGGUGUUCUCUUGCACAUAGCCAUUGUGCAGGCUGCUCUUCCUCAAGGAAUUGUUCCAUUUGUCUUUGCUAAGGAAUACAAUGUGCACCCAGACAUACUGAGCACGGGAGUGAUCUUCGGGAUGCUUAUUGCUCUGCCAUUUACUUUGCUUUACUACAUCUUUCUGGCUCUUUGAGGUUUGAAUCAUUGCUAGUAGCAGGCGGUACGGGAUGUGCAGUUUCUUUUUUUCUUGUUUUAAACAAUUCCACUCAGCAAGGACACAUUUUUUGUGGAUUUUGUAUAUGAUAGAAGAGGGAAAAAGAAAUGACUCUGAAGUGGGCAUCACAGGAGGCUGGGUUGAUGAGUUAAAAAUAAAAAAUGAGAGGAAAAGUGCUUCAAGUGUGAACCUUUCCAACUUGUUUGGGUAUUGAAAAUUUGAAACUUUUAUUCAUAAAAGUGGCAGGGGGAAGACAGUG